AUGGUCAUAACUCUGAUAAUCUCCCGUUUCAUGUUCUGGCUCCUGGUCCAGGAGCAGCAGUCUGCCCUAGUUGUCGUCGGCAUCUCAAAUCUCCUCCAAAGCCUAUACUUGCUGAACCUAAUCUUGUAUUUCCUGAAGUUUGUGCUUCAAAAUGGUUUGAAGUCUCUGAUUGGCGUCGGUCUGGCUAAGUAUUGGGAAAGGCACGAGUUGGAGACCGGGGUUCUUUGGACACUUGUUCAGAUUGGGCUGAAAGUUCGCUCAAAAGAAGGAAACAUUGACCCUCAAGAAGAGGACCGUCUCGGCGAUUUCGCGUGCACUCCAUUGCCGUCGGAUGAGUUUCAACAGCUUGUAAAGGAUGUGUUUAGCGACCUUACUCGUUAUGAAAUUGAAGGGUUACCACCUGGAGACAUAACCCAAUCCAGGAUUGAAUUUUGGUUCACCAGAGAGCAUUGGGCAGAACGUCCCGUGGACUUCAUCCAGUUCGAUUGGUGCGAGGACGGGCGUCUUUCACGAGAGAACUUUGUCAUACGAUGCAUGGUAUGGCACAGGGAAGAGCAGCGAAUAGCUGACACCCGCCUUGCAAUAAGCCAGUUCUUUCAGCGAGCCAAUGCCAUGGCCUUCCCAAGCCGUUUCUAUUUGAUGCCCUACCUAUUGAUCUAUCCUUACAUCAACUGGACGAAUCUGGUGUUGGCAGCUAUAGUCUGGGCGGUCGUCGUGAAGGUGUAUGUCUUCAAAGUUGACUUGCAUGAACUGAAGGAGCGCCUUCUUGCAGGUACAUCGGUGCCAUUUAAUUCAAGGACAGACACUACAAGUCAGCAUGAAGUUGAAGACCUUAUCGCAGAGACAAUCCCUGCGUCCAGCAUGGAGAACCCUCCGCCUGGGUAUGUUUAG